UUUCAGUGGUAAUCAUGUAUAUCAAGGCGGCGUUGCUCAUUGUGGUUCUCUUCGGUGUUGCUAGUCAAAUCACAUCUGCUUUGUAUUUGAAGCAAGCCGACUUCGAUGAUCCGAGAAUGUUUACAUCUUCGUUUGGAAAAAGAUCCGCUAUUGAGUCAGAGCCACAAGCAUAUCCAAAGAGCUACCGCGCAAUUAGAAUUCAACGACGAAGCAUGGAUGAUUUGGACGACCCGAGAUUGAUGACAAUGUCUUUUGGAAAACGAAUGAUCCUCCCUUCACUAGCCGAUUUGCAUAGGUACACUAUGUACGACAAACGUGGAUCUGAUAUCGAUGACCCUAGGUAUUUUCUAUUUUCGAACAGGCUUACAUGCAGGUGUUAAUCUUGCAGAUUUUUCUCAGGAGCAUUUGGCAGGAAAUAACAGGAACACUGGACUGAGUAACUACACCCAAAGUGACAUUUUAUCAACUAUAUAUCAGUUUGAUAAUCCAAUAUUCCGCUAUUACAUCAUCGUCGCACACAAAGUAAUAAAUUCUUUCGUUGUUUCUUUGAGAAUAUAUUAUACAUACGAAUUAAAGUAUCCACCCACAAUAUAAAAAUAAUUAAA